AUGAGUUCUACGCCCAGUAUGAGUCGUUCUCAAACACCUCUGUCCAAACCACGUACCAGUGCUCCAUCUUCUCCUCCGGAGGAAUUCGAACCAGAAGAAUUUCCCGAGUUCGAGCCCAAUUUUGCCACUGAAGAAGAAAAGAAAAUAUUCGAAGAAGAAGAGAAAGCAAGAAUCGCAAACUCAAAGGCAGAAGAAAGAAGGCGAAAGGCGAUUGCUAGAAAGAGAGCAGAACAUAAUGAAUCAAAGGGGGAACGAGAAGCAAAAGCCAGACAAUUGGACGAAUUGCUGAGUAAGAGUGCGGCAUUUGGGGAAGUGCUAGUAGGAAAGACAAGGGUGUUGGGGCGUGUUGGAAGUGGAAUGGAUGGGAAGGCAUUGGGCGAACAUGAUUUGACAAUGGCAGAACAGCCUAAGUGUAUGGUGGGUGGCACAAUGCGAGAAUAUCAACUAGAGGGCUUGACUUGGAUGUAUGAGAUUUGUAUACAAGGCAUGUCUGGAAUUCUGGCAGAUGAAAUGGGCUUAGGAAAGACAAUACAGACGAUUUCGCUUAUCGCAUUAUUGAGAGAGAAGGAAAGUUAUUUGGGUCCGCAUCUUAUUAUUGCGCCGUUGAGUACACUCUCGAACUGGAUUGAGGAAUUCCAAAAAUGGACCCCUGAUGUACCGGUCCUCUUAUACCAUGGUACGCCAACACAACGAAAGGAGCUUCUACGUACGCAAAUGAUGAGGCACAUCAAAGGCGGCCGUCCCGAUGAGAAAUUUCCCGUUGUCUGUACGAGUCCAGAAAUUGUUCUGCGCGAUCACGCGGAUCUCUCCAAAAUUAGUUGGGAAUUCAUCAUCAUUGAUGAAGGUCACCGAAUGAAGAAUUCAGAGUCAAAAUUGUUUCAAACUCUGAGGACCUUUACAUCUGCUACUCGUCUGUUGAUCACUGGAACACCACUGCAAAAUAAUCUUAAAGAGCUCUGGUCAUUACUAAAUUUUCUCUUGCCUACAAUUUUUACACAAUGGGAAAUGUUUGAGAGUUGGUUCGACUUUAGCGAUUUACAGGACGAGGAAGGUACCGAGGACUUCAUUGCAGAUCAAAUGAAGCAAGACCUAGUCAAAAAGAUGCACUUGAUUCUUCAACCAUUGUUGUUACGAAGAGUAAAGGCUGAUGUCGAGCAUAUGCUUCCGAAGAAGCGAGAAUAUGUGCUUUAUGCACCAAUGACAAAGGAGCAGAUAGAGUUGUACAACAAGAUUGGUGAUAAAACAGCUGAUCUACGCAAGUAUUUGGAAGAGAAAGUUGUGGAAAGACUGACGGGGGGCAAGGCUGUCAAGAAAGACUCGAGCAAGGCAGCUGAGUCUACCGUUAAGGUUGAAAUAAAUCCGGAACAUUCUGAUAGCGAAGACGAGAAGCCAUUGGCAAUUCGAAACAAGAACAAAAAUGUUACUUCAGAAUCUACUCCGACUUCAAAGAAUGCAUUUCAACAAAUGAUGGCGAAGAGAAAGCCAGGUAGACCGCCUAAGAAUCAAAACGCUAUUCCUUCACCACAACCCUCUAUCGAAAAAGGAAAACCUGGUAGGAAACGAAAGCAAGUUGAAGACUCCCUUCAAUUACCAGCUAAUAAGUCCGCAAAAUCCAGCCGAACUGCAUCACCAGCUGUUAGUAUUCGUAGCCGGAGCUCACGGAGUAGAAGAGUUUACGAAGAAGCUGAUGCAUCUGGGGAGGAUGACCUUAGUGACGACGAGUUUGAAACGAAACUCGCAGCUGAAUAUGCCGAGAAAGAAGAGGCAGAACUCAAGAACAAGAAUCAAAUCGAAGAUGAAACAGCAAAAAUUCUAGAGCUUGCGAGAAAGGAAAUCUCUAGUAAGAAGUUAGGCAAUCCUGUUAUGCAAAUGAGAUUGGUCUGCAAUUCUCCUUUGAAUUUCUACAAUCCUUGGUCCGCGUAUUCAGGUAUUCCAUUCAACGAAACGCUGGUGACUUCUUCUGGGAAGAUGUUACUUCUCGAUCGAUUACUUCCAUCACUAUUCUCGCGCGGUCACAAGGUUCUUAUAUUUUCACAGUUUAAAACCCAGCUUGAUAUUCUUGAAGAUUACGCUCGUGAAUUGCGAAACUGGAAAGUUUGCCGGAUUGACGGAAGUGUGGCACAAGACUUUCGACGACAACAAAUUAAGGAAUUCAACGAAGACCCAGAAUUCAAACUGUUUCUUCUCUCCACCAGAGCCGGUGGACAAGGAAUCAACCUCGCAAGUGCUGAUACAGUCAUUCUCUUUGAUAGUGACUGGAAUCCACAACAGGAUCUCCAAGCCCAAGAUCGCGCUCACCGGAUUGGUCAAACUAAACCUGUCGUCGUAUUCCGUCUCGCUACCAAGGGUACUGUUGAAGAGGAUUUGCUCAUGAGCGCUGAUGCAAAACGUAGAUUAGAGAAACUGGUUAUCAAAAAGGGAGGAUUCAAAACUAUGGGUCAGAAAAUGGAUACCAAAGAAGGAAUGAGCGCUGAUGCGUUAAGAGCAUUAUUGUUGAAGGAUGGAGAGGUAUACACAUGUAAAGAAGAUGAUGAGAUCUUGACAGAAGAGGAUCUAGAUACGUUGUGUGACAGGAGUGAAGCGGCUUACGAGAGAGCGGAGAGGGGCUUGGGUAAUAAAGACGCGUUUAAGAUUGUCGAGACCAAAGCUGGUGGUUUGAUGACAAGUAUGGAAGGGAAAUAG